CAUUCUUUCUCUCCCUCCCUCCCUCCUCUUCCAUCCCAGAAGUCAUGCCAACCGGAGAAAACCCAGGGGAGCGUUCGGCUUUUCCGCAGGAGACCCGCCUGGCCUUCAGACGGGGGCGUUCCUUCCAGAAGAGGGCAGCCGCGCCGCCCCAUCUGUAAAACUUCCGAGCCAAUUCAGGCGAGAGGCGAGAAGCAGGAAGCGCCGCUCGGAAGCUGCAGCGACGAGAAAGCGCUUCGGCCCCCGAACUCUCCGGCCACAGGCUUGGUUAUGGCAAUGCAGUAUCAAUUCGUACCACCAAAUGAGGGGGAUUUUUCCGAAGACUAUGAUGUCAUCACCAAUGAAGAGAUUGAAGAGAUUAAGGACGCUCUUGAACAAGGGAGAAUGGACAAAGCCGUUGCCAAGAUUAUGGAAAACCUUCAGUCCCUGGAGGAUACCUGCUUGAACAUAGCAGUGACGGGAGAAUCUGGCUCGGGGAAGUCCUCCUUUGUCAAUGCCAUCCGAGGGCUAGGAGAUGAGGAAGACGCUUCUGCUCCCACUGGGGUGGUGGAGACCACAGAGAAGCCCACACCUUACCCACACCCCAAGUACCCCAAUGUCACCCUGUGGGAUCUACCUGGAAUUGGAACGCCAACAUUCCGCGCCAGCACUUACCUGCGGCAGGUUCACUUCUCCCGCUACGACUUCUUCAUCCUCAUCGCCUCAGAACGCUUCAAGGCCAGCCAUGUCCAGCUGGCAAAGGCAAUCUCUCAGGUGGGGAAGAAAUUCUAUUUUGUGCGCUCCAAAGUGGAUACAGACCUGGAGGCCAGCAGAAAACGCCGGCCGCAAACUUACAAUGAAGAGGCUAUACUGGGACAGAUGCGAGAAAAUUGCCAGAAGUGCUUACGGGCUGAGAAUAUGCCCGAUUCCAAAGUCUUCCUUGUCUGCAACUGGGAGCUAAAUAACUACGACUUUGUGAUGCUGCAGGAAACCUUGGAUAAGGAAUUGCCGAGCCAUAAGAGACAUGCUUUUCUCCUGGCACUGCCCAACAUGUCUCUGGGCAUCCUGCAGAAAAAGAAGAGGGCUUUACGGGCAGAGAUCUGGAAGGUGGCGAUGGUCUCCGCUGGAGCGGCUGCUGUCCCUAUUCCAGGCCUCGGGGUAGCCUGUGAUGUAGCCCUCCUGAUCAAAAACCUCUCAAAAUACCUCAAGAGUUUUGGUCUGGAUAGGGACUCUCUUGUCAGGUUGGCUAAGAAGGCCAACAAACCUGUGGAGGAGAUCACAGAGGUAAUACAGUCGCCUUUAGCUAAAGAGAUCUCCAAAGAUUUAGUUCUAAAGCUGCUCACCAAAGCUGGCAGUGGGGCACUCAUGUUUAUGGAGUAUUUUGUCAGCACGAUACCCGUCCUUGGUUCCGUGGCAGCUGGAGGGAUCUCCUUCGCUACCACAUUCUACAUGCUCAAGAGCUGCCUGGAUGAGGUGGCCAAGGAUGCUCAACAGGUUUUCCUCAAGGCUUUUGAAUCUGAGCUCUGAAGGAAGUUAGACCAUGAGGAACAGGCUGGGGAAUGAGGGCACAAGGAAUGUUACGGGGUACUGAAUCAGACGGUGUUAUUUUCACAAACCCAUAAUUAAAUUCACCAGCUGGAAGUGGGGGCAGGGUGGGGGAGAGACAUGAAGCACAAAACGUGGCCUUUUGCAAUAUUUUUUUUUUGAUAGUUGAGCAGUGGGCUACUUUAUUUCUCUUUAUUGCAAAAUAUAGAGAGUAUGGCAGAUUCCGGGAUAUCAAUUAUGCCACCACUGUAAAACUAUGCUUCCCAGUGGUUUUUUUUUGGGGGGGGGGGAGACAAAUAAGGAUGAAGCUGGUUUGUAUUUCUAAAGCCCAAAUUGCCCUGUAUUUAGGAUUUCCUAUAUUUCUAUAACUGACAAAACCAUCAAAGCUGACACCAGACAGAGCCUAGAAAGACUCCCAAGUACCGCAAGAUCAGAAAAUGUGGAGAGAUCUGGCCCGUAGAGUCACCAAGGGUUGGAUACAAUUGAAUGGAUAACAUCAUCUUCAUUUUCGUCGACCAAAAGGCCUUCUUGCAAUGACUUGCUUUUUAAGUUGUAAAGUUAAGACUUAUUGUGCUGGUUAAUUUUAAUCAAAGCCGAGUAAUUUUUAUCGAAUUGCAGAUUGGUGCUAAAUAAUGAACGUUUGAGAUCUCCUAAAGACCUGGAUGGUCUCAGGGUUGAAAGAAUUGUUUCCAGAUCAUAGUGAACUUCAAUGCUUCUCUGAGUUGUUCAACAAUGAAGCCGCAAGCAGUCAAGAAACUUAACACUGCUACACUAUUGAGUCCCUUACUCUGUGCUUUUUAUGUACAUGACUGCAUUUCCAUUCACGCCAGUAACACUAUUAUUAAAUUUGCAGAUGAUACGACAGUGGUGGGAAUCAUCUCUGGGGAGAGGGGGGGGAUGAAUCUGCCUAUUGAGAUGAGAUGGAUCAGUUGUUUUCAUGGUGUGGAGACAAUAACAUGGUCUUUAACAUCAAUAAGAUCAAGGAGCUUAUAGUGGACAUAGA